AUGACCUACCUCCUUCUCGCUCCGCCCCUUGCUUCUCGUGAUGGUUUGGCCAUGGAUUUACCUCGCUCAGCCUCACCAUCACCUAUAAUCCCUCAAGGAAAAGGAACAUUGGAAAAUCAAUUACCUAUUGGAGAAGUAAAAGGGUUUCAAUCACAGAAAAUGAGGGAAGGGUUAGUGAUUUCUUUUGAUCUAGAAGAAGAAGAAGAAGAUGAAGAAACUGCAGAACGAGACGUGUCGGAUAUCAAUUUGGACGUGGAGAUUAUUAGAAAGAUGAAACACCCCCUUCCUUUAUAUGGUCCUGGUUUGCUUAUUGUCCAUUUCGAUUUCGCUUACACUGGAUAUUGA